GCGGGAUCAAAUGGUCUUAAAAUACUUACACGCCAUAACACAAACAACACAUGCAGGCAAUAGAACAACUAACACUCAGAGAAAACAUACAACACAGCAGGCCGUCACAUUAUGGGCAAGUUAGAGAUAGCGUUGCUGGUGGUAAUGGGGAUAUACAGUCAGCAUAAACUGACCACUGCUGACGAUGGUGAAGACCUGCAUUACCUCAACGAGUGGGCUGUUGGGAUCAAAGGCGGGCUAGAUGUAGCCAUGGAGGUAGCAAGACAGCAUGGCUACACGUUGAUAAGACCGAUGACGUAUAUACCUGACCACUAUGUGCUGGAGAGACGAGGGACACGAAAACGUUCGCGACGAGAAGCAACAGCCAACACCAAGAGGCUCCUGGAGGACGAUAGGGUGACUUUAGCCGAGCAGCAAAAAACUGUCAAACUAGAAAAAAGGGGAUUUUACACAGAGAGGGGAUUUAACGAUCCAGAUUAUAAGCACGAGUGGUAUCUAAUGUUUGAGGACAAUAAACCGCAUAUGAAUGUCAAGGAAUGUUGGGAGAUGGGCUAUACCGGCAGAAAUGUCACGAUUGUGAUACUUGAUGACGGAUUGGAGUUCAAUCAUCCAGACUUGAAAGACAAUUACAAUGCAAACGUCAGCCAUGAUUUCUUCGACAAUGACACCGACCCUACUCCCCGUUAUGACAAUGAGAAUUCUAACAACCACGGUACGAGGUGUGCUGGGGUCGUUUCCAUGAUGGCAGACAACCACAUCUGCGGUGUCGGCAUAGCCUUCAACAGCAACAUUGGAGCAAUUCGAGUGUUGGACGGUGCCUUGACGAAAAGGCUGGACGGCGAGGUGUUUGCUUACAAGCGGGAGGAAGUUGACAUCUAUUCUUGUAGCUGGGGGCCACAGGACAACGGCGAACUGCUGGAUGGCCCAUCCCUCAUAGCACAGAAAGCUUAUGAGCUUGGUGUUAAAGAGGGUCGGGGUGGCAAAGGUAGCCUGUACGUCUGGGCUUCAGGUGACGGAGGUAAACAUGACCACUGUAACGCUGACGGUUACGCUUCAAACAUUCACAUCAUUAGUGUCAACAGCGCUACUGAACAUGGCACCAUCCCCAGCUACUCUGAACGCUGUGCCUCCACCAUGACGACCACCUACAGCAACGGCUACGGAAGGGGGGUGGUGAGUUCAGAUAUUCACAACGGAUGCACAGAUAGCCACACAGGGACAUCUGCUUCUGCACCGAUGGCUGCGGGUGCUUUAGCACUUCUUCUAGAAUCAAAUCCAGACCUGACGUGGCGUGACGUACACCAUAUUGUUGCUCACACGUCCAAAAAGAGGCCGCUCUCUGGUGUGUCAGGUUGGUACAAAAAUGGCGCCGGGUACUGCUUGCACCCAAACUUCGGGUUCGGGUUGUUGGAUGCCCAGGCCAUGAUCCAGCUGGCCAACCCAAAAACCUGGCAGUCAGUUGGGCCACUUCACGAGUGUCGGAUGGCACCGGAUAACAACAGCAGUCUGCCACUGAAGAUUACACCGGGCACAAUGGUGGAAGUUGUGCACACAAGUAACGGAUGUCAAGGUCAGGAGAAUGAGGUCAACUGGCUGGAGAGGGUCCAGGUAGUCAUUGAUGUGGACCACGACUUUAGGGGCAGGAUCUACGCUGAGCUGGAGUCGCCCAUGGGAACCGUAACGCCCGUCUUUCUGGAACGGCCCAAGGACAACUGCAAAAAGGGAAUCAAAGCUUGGCCUUUGACUAGCGUUCACAACUGGGGGGAGAAAUCUCAGGGUCUAUGGAAGUUUCGUGUGGGGGAUAGGCAAACGACAGACGACUAUACUGGACAGCUUAAUAGCGCCCUCCUGAUCCUGUACGGCACCCAGGAGAAGCCACACCACCAGAACGUCAUGCCGGAAUGUGACCUGAGCAGCUAGACGUCUCCAGUCUAGGGCCUUGUUGCUCCGUGUGGUGUGAAUGUUUGGCCUCACUGCUACAACAAUUUGUGUUAACAUUUGCUGUCAAUUGUUGUAAAAUUAAAUGAUAGUUGCU